AUGAGGCGUGGGGAAGGGCCGAAGGUGGAACUGCGGUUCCUAAUAUCGACCAAAGCAGCUGGUGUAAUAAUAGGGAAAGGGGGUGAAAAUAUUAAAAAAAUUCGCGAGGAGUAUUCCGUUAAAGUUACCAUCCCCGAUAGCAAUGGCCCUGAGAGGGUCUUGGUUCUGGAUGGCGAUCUCGGUUCAGUCAUCGAAAUAUUCAGAGAAAAUCUUGAGAAGAUGCAAAGUAACCGCGAUGACGGAGUUGAUUUACGUUUACUUGUACAUCAAAGCCAGGCUGGAUGUGUUAUUGGAAGGGCUGGAUAUAAAAUCAAAGAAUUACGAGAGCAAUCAGGUCUUCAUACUCUCAAAGUUUAUCAGAUGCUGUGUCCAUGCUCUACUGACAGAGUGAUUCAAUUGGUUGGUGAUGUGGGGAAAGUACUUGAUUGUCUCCGUUCUAUAGCUGAACUUCUUGAGGGUGCCCCACCUAAGGGCUCUCGCCAGAAUUACGACGCACGAAAUGCAGAUGAAUUUAUUUCUCUUGAGUAUGGAGGCUGGGGAGUAGGCAAUCAAGGUCCUGGAUUAAAUUUGGUCCGUGGUAGGAACAAUGUUGCGAAUACGAGUUACCCCCAUAACAAUAUACUUACAACUGGGAUUUUCGGCGGGGGUGCUUCCGGAGCAACAGGACGCAAUGGUGGGCAAACGACCUCUGUUAGUCAAGCACUAGCUGGAGGUCUUCCUCACGCAUCAGCAGCAGCCAUGCUUGCUGCGACUGGUGGUCAGACAACUGGCGGACACAACCCUGGUACCGCAGGAGAUGCUGCUGCUGCUACGGCUGCAGCAAUGGUAGCCGCGGGAUUCAUGAGGGGGUUACCCAGCCGUAUGGCCAUGAGCAUAUUAACUCCGACUACUAGCACUCAGGUCUCUGUGAGCAACAAGAUGAUAGGUGCGAUCAUGGGUAGAUCCGGUUGUCGCAUAAAUCAAGUUCGUCAUGAGUCAAAUGCAGAUAUUAAAAUCAGUAAACAGGAACCCGGUGUUGAAGAUCGUAUUAUUACAAUAACUGGAACUCCUGAACAAAUUCAAAACGCUCAAUUUCUUCUUCAAAUGUGCGUUAAACGGUAUGGUGAUCAAAUCUGA